GUACAAGAAUUUCAUUGCACACUGAAAUUUAAUUAUUUAUGUAGAAUCAAUAAUAUAUACAAAUGAAACUUUUAUAGAGUUAUACAGAAUAACUCUUGAGAGAGUUUUGAGUUUCGAUCCGGAUAAUUCAAUCUAAAAUAUGGUAGAGGUAGGGAAACUCAAAUUAGAUUUCACAUUUUAAGACUUUAUCUUAGUGCUUGCUAUAAGUGAAGUCACAUAUUUAAUUUUUAAAUUGGGGAACACAUGCAUUAAUUUGGGUGUAGAUAAGAUUGUGAGUUUGAGUGUACAUAUGUAGAAAGAACAAAGUUUCUUUCAAAAUGUCAUUUACCAUACAGGGUAACAUAUUUGGGGGGAGUGAUCGCGGAGCUCGCUGUUUUGAUGGGAAGGCUGGAGAAUCCAGUCAGGACCCACCCUUCUCAGGGGCCUCUCCUGGAAGGAAGAAUAAAUUUUAACGGCUUCAUGGCAAUAACGUCUUGCUGUGGCUGCUCUGUAAGACCCGAAUCGCAAAUCCAAUUUUGACAAGAAUACUACACUGCCACUGUUUAACCAAUUGAAGACAGCAGCUUUCGCCAAGAGAUCCUAGAAUAUCUCUAUCCAUGUUAUUGGGUUGCAAUCAUUAUGAACGAACUCAAGCAGAUCCAUGCUCAAACUCUCAGAAGUGGCGUCGACUUCACCAAAUUUCUUAUUGUGAAGCUCCUUGAAAUCCCAAACAUCCCUUAUGCCCGCAACCUGUUUGACUGUAUUCCUAAGCCAACUUUGUUCCUCUAUAACCGGCUCAUUCAGGCCUACUCUUCUCAUGGCCCUUACCUUCAGUGCUUGUUACUCUACACCCAAAUGUGCCUGCAAGGCUGCUCCCCAAACCAACGCUCCUUUACCUCCCUUUUUGCUGCCUGCGCUUCCCUUUCUUUCCCUUAUCAGGGUCAAAUGCUUCACUCCCACUUCCUCAAAUCGGGUCUUGGAUUUGAUGUCUUCACCUUCACAGCUUUGGUGGACAUGUAUGCCAAAUUCGGCAUGUUAACUUCAGCUCGCAAGCAAUUUAGUGAAAUGAAGGUAAGAGAUACCGCCACCUGGAAUGCCAUGAUUGCGGGUUAUGCAAGGUCUGGUGAUAUGGAGGCAGCAUUAGAGCUGUUCGAAGCCAUGUCUUCCAGGAAUGUGAUAUCCUGGACGGCAAUGAUAUCUGGAUAUUCACAGAACGGGCAGUACGCAAAAGCCCUGGAUAUGUUUUUGGAAAUGGAAAAAGAAAAGGGUGUGAGUCCAAAUGAGGUGACCAUAGCUAGUGUUCUUCCGGCCUGUGCAAAUCUUGGGGCACUGGAAGUGGGCCGGAGGAUUGAGGAUUAUGCAUGUGCAAAGGGAUACUUAAACAAUUUGUUUGUUUGUAAUGCUAUCCUUGAGAUGUAUUCCAGAUGUGGUAGAAUUGAUAUGGCAAAGAGGGUGUUUGAUGAGAUUGGUUGCAGGAGAAAUGUAUGCUCUUGGAAUUCAAUGAUCAUGGGUUUAGCUGUACAUGGAGAAUCCUGGGAGGCCCUUCAGCUCUUCCAUGAAAUGCUGAGACAAGGAAUGGCCCCUGAUGAUGUCACAUUUGUGGGAGUUCUAUUAGCAUGCACUCAUGGAGGCGUGAUUGUAACGGGACAAGAGCUUUUCAAAUCAAUGGAACAAGACUUCUCAAUCACUCCCAAGUUAGAGCACUAUGGAUGCAUGGUUGACCUUUUGGGCCGUUCAGGAAAGUUGCGUGAAGCUUAUGAUGUUAUACAAAGUAUGCCUAUGACACCAGAUUCUGUUGUAUGGGGAACUCUGCUGGGGGCAUGCGGCUUUUAUGGCCAUGUUGAGCUGGCUGAGAAAGCAGUGGAAUCACUCUUUGAGCUUGAGCCAUGGAAUCCAGGAAAUUAUGUAAUUCUUUCCAAUAUUUAUGCAUCAGCAAGCCGAUGGGAUGGAGUUGCUAGGCUAAGAAAGUUGAUGAAGUGGGGACAGAUAACAAAGAAAGCAGGGUAUAGUUUCAUUGAAGAGGGAGGCCAAAUUCAUAAGUUUUUUGUUGGGGAUAGAUCACAUCCACAAUCUGUUGACAUAUAUGAACUACUUGAUGAAGUUUCAACUAAGAUGAAGGGUCUUGGAAGUACAUCAGAUCUAGACUUUAUGAUUGAAGAAUCAAGCAUAAUUGAAGAGAUCUGCUAAUUUCGCUGCUUCAUUAGGAAGAAGUCUUGAAUAUGGCAGAUUAAAGAGGAAAAAAAAGAAUAGGAGAAGAGGGAGACAAGAGGAGAUAAUUGUUGUAAUUGCUCAUGUUUAUUUGGUAAUUGUUACUGGCUAUUUAUAGACCAGUUACAACUUAACAACCAAGUAAUUCAACUAACCAACCAAGAAACAAUAAGAGAUAACAUGGAGUUAUUUUUAUGCAGCCACGGAGCACGUUGAAUUUGUCCAACCAAUUCCAAGGCUUCUGUUAUUCACCCACAACAAUUUCCUAGAAUGAUGAUCCACCACCUUCAAACCAUGCUUAAACGUACAUAUCAACUUCAUCUCCUUGCUUCCCCUGCUUCUUUCACUUUUUAUUUUGUCUUUUUUCUUUAUUAGAAUUAGGUACCUGAUCCAUUGAUAUCUGGCCCUUUUUCCAGAAUUUUUGUGCUACACUUGUUACGCUUGAAAUUGUUAAUGUGCCAUCUACAUUGCCUCUCUCUCUCUCUCUCUCUCUCUCUCUCUCUCUCUAAGUGUAUAACAUUUAGUUUGAUAUAAAUUCUAUAGUUAAU